AUGGCAGACAGUAAAGAGAGUUUGGAAUUUGCCAUUUCUUCAGGUUUACAUUUAACGUGCGAGCUUUGCCACUGUGUGCGCAGUACUGUAAUUCGCAAAGACAUUUGCUCUGGCCAGGAUCAGCAUGCUAUUCUGUCUGCCAGGAAAACCUUCCCUUCCCAGCAUGCAACCCUCUCUUCCUUUGCUGCUGUUUAUAUUUCAAUGUACUUCAACUCAACAAUCUCUGAUAGCACCAAGCUGCUCAAACCCGUUCUGGUGUUUGCCUUUGCCAUUGCGGCUGUGUUGACGGGACUCACUCAGAUCACCCAGUACCGCAGUCACCCUAUUGAUGUUUACGUUGGGUUCUGUAUUGGUGCUGGUAUUGCCGCAUACCUGGCUCUCCAUGCUGUUGCCAACUUCAAAUCUCCAGAGGACACUGUCAUCCCACAACCCCCUCUUCUGCAGAAGGAUGCUUUGAGGGCUCUGGCCCAGAGAGGCCAUGACUCUGUCUAUAACAAAGGCCACGCCUCUGAGAGCAAUGAGGAAAUAACAUCACCAGCAUCUCUAGAUGGGCUGAACCGGCCUGUACAGCGGGAGAAAACCUCAUUGGGAAGCUUAAAGAGAGCCAGUGUGGACGUGGAACUACUGGCACCUCGCAGCCCAAUGGGUAAGGAGACAAUGGUAACCUUCAGCAACACAUUACCCCGUGCUACAGCUCCAGAGGAGCCAACGAGGCGUGUAGUGACAGUACCUGUUCCAGUACCACUGGACCCCAUGCGGUCACAGCAAUUAGUUUCUGAAUGGAAGCAAAGGUCAAUGGAGAUGAGAGGCGGCAGCUUGCCCGAUGAGGACACCAGUGAGCAGGGCUCAGAUGGCGGCAACGACACAACCACAGAAGAGGAUAGUGUCCACUCUUCAGUCUGUUCGUCUGUUCAACAAUCAGCCAAACCUGCUAACCCACCUACAGGUGCAAGAAUAGUGAUGUCCCCUCGUCCCCCAGCACAGCCCUCGGUCCCCCCGCCUGUGUCCCCUAAAAGCGCCAGCACUCGGGCCAAAUGGCUGUCCAUCACAGAGAAAAGUGGUGCUAAUAUUCCAGUUCUUAAGGCAGGAAAUCAGCCUCGGAUCAUGCAGGUCAUUGCCAUGUCAAAGCAACAGGGACUCCUGUCAGGAUCAGCCAAAUCCUCAGAGACUUCGUCCUCUUCUGGUACCUCAUCCAUCACAGGCACAGAAUCAUCACCUAAUCGUUCAGAACUUGAUAGCAGUUCAGGCAUCAUCACGGUUGAUGCCCACGCCCCCCACCACCCUGUAGUUCGUAUGACCUCCAACCCCAAUAACCCCUGGGAGUGGAGAGGAUCUUCUGAUGGAAACACAACCGAGUCAUACGAGCUUAAAAACCUCAACCGUGAGGGCUCCUGCAGUUACCGUCACGUCAGAAGCAUCUCUCCUCACUCCUCCGCCAGUGUGGCUGACCACGGGCCGCCCCAGCCUCCUCAACCUCCCCAGCCACUACUUCCCCCUCAACUCCCACCGGUGGGUCAAACCUCAGAGGGUCGCAGUCUGCGCCGCAAGACCCCUCUAGUUCUGCUGGAUAGGGAGGGCAAUCUGAACCACACUGAACAGGUCAGCUACUAUAAAAAGCUACAAAGUGGCAGGUAUUUCAAAGAGUGACAAUGUGCUAACAUAUAUUUGAGCACAACUACACUUUUUGGUCUUUGGGUUUUAAUUACGUGAUUUGAUUCCAUGAGGGAUAUCUGAAUAAUCGGAUCCACUACACUUUGAGUCAGUAGAGCUUUUGAGAGAUGCUGCUUCUGACGACUUAAGAGCACAAUGGUUUUUGUCCUCUGAGGGCAAACCAAAUUACAUUAUCAAAAUUCCCAUCAGUUGUAUUGCGUUUACAUAAUAUCCAUAUUAUCACAUUUCUACAAGGCAGAUUGUAUAAUAAGGUUUGGGUUUAUUUUAUUGCUGCUCUGUUUGUUCACACUUGACUCUUACUUGUGACUGAGAUGUCAAGUUGAAUUUAUGUGUAUGUUUGUUUUUUCGCACGAUUGUUCAGUGUAUGUUGUAGUGAUACAAUAAUAUUAGAAAUAUUUGAUUGCCUUGUAACUCUCAUGGUGAAAACCGAUUUAAAGUGUUUUGUUGGCUCUUUAUGAAUGAUAAUUGCUCUGCAAAAGGGUAGCGUUCUAUAGCGUGACUAUAAUUGCUUAUAAACUGUUCUGGACAUUCUGCAAGUCUACUGAAGACUCCCUGUGUAAAACGGUGGAAAUAUGGAAGCACUUUGAAUAAGCACUUAUAAAUCACUUCAUCUCUUUGUGUGUAAACAAGUGAGGUGAACUGGAUUGUCUGUGAGAUAUUCCAAAUGAAUAUUAGACUGACCUGGACUCUUUAAGGAAAGUAUUUUCUCAUAAUCCAUCACGUACCUUAUAGUGGAACAUCAAUUGGACAACAGGUCCAUGUGAAGAAUUUCCUGCAAUUCCCACAUUUUAUGUGUCAUAAUGAGAAAGAAAAAACUUUUUUUUUGGUGUAAAUCACAAAAAAUAAUUAUGCAAACGCUGGGAUUUAGCUGUAACUAUAGCAGUCUCCUUGUCAUGCUGUUUCCCAGAGGUUCUCCUCUAAAUGAACAUGAUGCAUGUUAUGUGAGUGUCAUCAAGUUGGAAGUGAAGCCUUGUCAGUGAAGAAUUCCAAUCUGUUAUAAUGUACAUGUGCAGCUGUCACUGCAGGUUGAUUUUGGUGUGUGUCAGCUCUCUCUUCACGGUGCUCUGAGCUGCUCCUGGAUCUCUGUAGAUGGUUGUCCAUAAUGGAUGCUUCGUGCGUUUGAUGCAGUUUUUGAAAAAAGACAACAUAAAUGACAACAAUAAACAAGCUGCUGAAAAUAUAUAAAUUGUCAUUUGUGAUGCACUGCAGACCUUGCCCCUCCCUUUUAUGUACUGAAAUAUUUUCUGUUCAUCUUUAUAGACUUCUUUCAUUUAUAAAGUGAAACCUGCCUACAGCAGGUUAGUGGUGGUGAUGUAGAUUCUGAACCAAUCAGUAGACAUUUGAGAGUGAUGUACAUGAGAUGUAAACAACUCUGAGCCAUUCGAUUUAUAAAAAUUCCUAUAAAUCAUAGGAAGGCAGCUCAUGGCUUCAUUAUAUUUACCCUGCCUUGGUUGACAACAAACACGUGUUUCUUUCUGUCUUCAAUGAUCUCAAUUUAACAUAUCUGAAAUGGUGCCUUUUCACAGUAUACAGCAGCAUCUCCAUCACAAUAUUGGGACAUUAGUACACACACACACACAGACCUCAGUGUGAGCACCCUCUCUUGGCCUCACUUCUCACAGCAAUUUAAUUCUCAUAAUAAGUCUCCCAUCCAGGUACUGGCCAAGCACAACACUGCUUAGCUUUAGUGGUAAACCAGGUUAGAGCUGCAGGGUGUCAGGUUUUCCAAUGCUCUUGAUAAAUGUGAGGAGCCACUUCUUAUGGUUAGGGCACUCAAAGUCCCCACGUUGUCCCAUACACAAGCGUAAUGCAUUUUAUGUUUCUGUCAGCAGGA